ACCGCGACGGGAGCGCGCGUCGGCAGCAGCAGCAGCAGCAGAAACAACCCUGUCAAAUCACAACGGAGGUGACGCGCAGGCAGAGGAGUUACAUAAAAAUCCUCCGAGGACUUUUCGAGCUCUUUUUCGCGUCUAAAAGUCACCGCAUCCACCGAGAACCGGGGGGAAGUACUUAACCGUCGGAAUCAUGAGAAGUUGUGACAGCCUGUAAACGUCUCACGGGCGUUUGGAGUAGCUAAGGAAAACAAAAAGUCGUUUUUUUCUUACGCAGCCGAGGAGCGUAAAGGGGGAUUUCUGCUUAUUUUCUGUCUCGUAUUUUUUGCCGUUUUUUCUUUAAGGGAUUUUUUUUUAAAAACCAAAACCUCUGAACACGUCUGGACCUGUUAACGUGAAAAAAAAACCGGGGAUAAAGCCACUUUUUUUUUCCUCCUCACUUUGCUGUGAAUUCACCAUGCUGCCGAGCACGGCGCUUUACGCGGCGAAGAAACGGAAGAAGCCGGUCCAGAAAAUCCCCAAACCUCCACCUCCCGAUGGCGCCAAGUCCAACCCGUCCAAACGCCACCGCGACAGGCUCAACAGCGAGCUGGACAAGCUCACCAGCCUGCUGCCCUUCACCGAGGAGGUCAGGGCUCGGCUCGACAAGCUGUCUGUCCUCCGCCUCAGCGUCGGCUACCUGAAGGUCAAGAGCUUCUUCAAAGCCACCAUGAAGAAAAGCCAGAAUGGCUCCAGCUGGACGAGCGAGCGGAGCCUGAUGUUCGGGGGGAGCGUCCCGAACGCGCUGACGCCUCCGUCCUCCACCUCCACCUCCUCUCCCUCCAUGACCUUCACCUCCCAGGUGACCUCCAUCGACGGAGUAGGCUUCUCUGAGGGAGACCUGCUGCUCCAGGCGCUGAAUGGCUUCGUGUUGGUGGUGACGGCUGAAGGUUACAUCUUCUACACGUCCCCGACCAUCCAGGACUUCCUCGGCUUCCACCAGUCGGACGUCGUCCAUCAGAGUGUGUUCGAGCUGAUCCACACAGACGACCGAGCUCUCUUCAGACGACAGCUUCACUUUGCCCUCAACCCGACCACCAGCAACCAGGACGGCACCGCACAGAGCACCAGUGAGCAGAGCUCUGCAGAUAUCAGCAGCAGUGUGAUGACCUACGAGCCCGAGGCCGUCCCUCCAGAAAACUCGUCUUUCCUGGAGAGAAACUUCUGCUGUCGGUUUCGCUGCCUGCUUGACAACUCGUCUGGCUUCCUGGCCCUGAACUUCCGCGGCCGCCUCAAGUUCCUCCACGGUCAGAACCGGGUGUCUGAGGACGGGACGCUGGUGCCCCCUCAGCUCGCCCUGUUCGCCAUCGCCACACCACUGCAGCCGCCAUCCAUCCUGGAGAUCCGCACCAAGACGCUCAUCUUCCAGACCAAACACAAGCUGGACUUCACGCCCAUGGGCAUCGACACCAGAGGGAAGGUGGUUCUCGGUUACAAUGAAACUGAGCUCUGUACGAAGGGUUCAGGAUACCACUUCAUCCACGCUGCCGACAUGAUGUACUGCGCCGACAACCACAUAAGAAUGAUAAAAACCGGAGACAGCGGUUUGACCGUCUUCAGGCUGCUGGCCAAAACCGGGACGUGGGUCUGGGUGCAGGCCAACGCCAGGCUGGUGUUUAAAGGAGGGAAACCAGAUUUCAUCGUGGCGCGGCAGAGAGCUUUGACAAAUGAAGAAGGAGAAGAACAGCUACGCCUCAGACGCCUGCAGCUGCCGUUCAGCUUCACCACUGGAGAGGCGGUGCUGUACGACGUCACCCCGUCUGUUGAUAUGCCCGACCCGUGCUCCGCCCCGAAGCAGAGGAAGAUGGACGACUUCUCCGUCAGCCCCAACUCCCUCCUGGGCUGCAUACUGCGUCAGGACCAGUCUGUCUACUGUGAACACAACAGCGCCAACAACUUAAACUCCCUCAACGACGUCGCGUUCAAGGACACCCACGCCACUGUCAAUGUUCCCGGGGACAUCUGGCAGCACCCUUCGCCCAAAGCUGUCGUGGGAAGUCUGGUGAAGUCGGAGGCCACAGUCCAGGACAUGAUGGAGACCCUGCAGCAGAUCCUCGGGGACGACACCCUCACUGACGCCCUGGAUGUGGGACCGGACGAGCUGAAGAGCUGGGAGAGUACGCUGCUGAGGAUGAGCAUCAACAGCUGCGAGGUGAGCGAAGACCUGAACGAAAUUCUCAGCGAUGAUAUCCUGUCUUAUGUGGAGGAGCAGCUCCAGAGAGAGGGUGGCCUCAAGCUGCCAGAUCAGCUGAAUGACGUACCGGCCUGCCUCUCCACUCUGGACCUCCAGAACCAGGGUCCUGACCAAGCUGGGGAGCUGACCUUCAGCUGGCCUCUGGAGCCUCAGAACCUGCUGAUACCAAACAGAGUGCAAAUGAUGCCCGGACAACCGACUCCAGUCCUGGAGACAAUGAAACUGACCCACAUGGAUCUUCCUCAGUUGAGUUCUUCUGGUCUUAACGGUCCAACCCUUCAGCAGAUCGCCUCCCAGCAAUCGCUCCCCAAUUCUGUCGGUCUUGGCAACGUUGGCGCUCCAGUGACCUUUAACCCCACCCUGUCGGAGUCCUGUGCUCAAACACAGAAUCAGCUGAGGAGCUUACAAGUCAACAGCAAGGAAAACAACAACCUCGAAGCCUUCAGUCAGCUUCACCCCAGUCAAAUGCAGAACCACAUGCAGAUGAGGGCGCCCAACCUCCCGAUCGGCCUCCAGGACCAAAGCCAGGAAAGGAAGUUAAACCCUGUUUUCCACUUUCAGGGCAACCAGUGGAGCCCCCCUGUCCCCAACUCAAACCAAACGGACAGCUUUGUACAGACAUACACCCAAAAUAUUUCAAACAAAUCAGGUUUUACUGCAGAUUCCCCCUCCUCCAGCUGCUUGCAGGGCCGCUUUGCACUUCAGACACAAAAAAGUGAGAAUCAGAGACAGUCUUGGCCACUGGAGCAACAGCAACCGCAGCUGAUUUCAAGUGGGCCCCAACAAAUGGGCGCCUGCCUCAACCAAAUGUCAGGAUUUCAAAGGAAUCCUCUUCCUGGAGCCGUCGCGCCCCAAACCACUGUCAAUGGCAGGCCAAUGUUCAGGACUCCAGAGACUUCCAAUGUACUAUUUCCUGCUCAGCAGGACUUGGAGCUGCCACCUCUGGCGCCUCCUAACAGCUGUAUGUUCAGAAACGCCACCCAGUCUGUGCCUGUAAACGGAGUGCACCUCAGUCAGGCGCCCUCCUGCCAGCAAUUGGACCCAGCCGACAGCAACCACAUGCCCUCCAAGCCCUCCUGCCUCUAUCAGGGUCUUCCCGGAGGAGCAUCUGUGCCGGGGAUGACGGCGAUACCAAAUCCCGAUGAUGCAGCGCUGUCCUGCCAAAUGACUGCUGCUCUCGACUCGAACGGCCUGUUGGCGCAACAACAGCAGUAUCUUAACUUCAAUGAACAGACGCAGAUUAACAGCCGUCCAGUCGUCGGGAACGGAGAUUUCCCCUUCCCCUCGCUGCCCGAUGGGAUUGUAUACUACUCAGAGAACAAAUAGGAAAUCAGCCGCUGUGACUUCUUGACGGCAGAGGAUCCCAACUUGGACUGAAACGUCAGUUUAAACGAAACAAAAGACUCCCGUCUCAAAACAUGAACAUGGAAUAGACUGAAGAGCAGAAAUGUGCCCCAAACAGGACGAGGCGACAGAACAGGACGCCUCUCCGUCUUUUUUUUCUAAUUAGGAAACAGUGAUGGAAGAUUUAAAAGUUCAAGUCUGGAUUAGGAUAGCUGGUCUUUGGUUGAGGAAGAGAAGUAUCAAGAGGAAGAAGAAGAAAGCAGAAUCAAUUUGUUUUGUUAUGUUGAAGCUGGAUAUCAGAGAAGUUUGAAUUCCUUUCUUGGAGCUGGUUGGAUUGUACCAAAAAAAGAAAAAGGAUAACCUAAAUCAGUGAUUUGUUUUGUGCAAUCAUGAUCAAGUUUUCCAUCAUCUCAUCUGGCAAACCAGUUUCAGAAUGUGUGAUGAUUUUUCUGCCACGUCGGUAGAUGAAAAGCCAAUCAUCAAACAGCACUUGUUCCCAGGAAUUUGACCAAUGGAGAAGAACAUUUUAGUCUAUGAUUGGUUGCAUUGCAUUGCUUAGAUAAUUGACUGUGGUUGUCAUUUGUUUGGUGAUAAUAUUUAGGUGUAUUUGCUGCUCUUAAUCAGAGAAGUUAACCAGACAUGCAUGUGCCAAAACAGCCAAUCUGUCCUCAUCACUGCAGUCUUUUCUUGUGUAAAACCAAAACACUGUUAUGUCAAAACACAUGUUUCAUUAGAGCUGAAAUAAUUUGACAUUAAUUAGUCAUUUUUCAUUGGUUUUGGGUUCUAGACUCUCAUAUGUGGAUUUGCUUCAAUAUCUUCAAAUGAAAGCUGGAACCAGAAGAAAACUUAUAUUCAAAAUAACUUUACAAGAGCGCCACAGGGUGUAAUUCAACAAAUUUACAAUGUGGUUCAACUUAACUGUUAAACCUCUCCAAAUACAACAAAAGCAGCAAAUUCUGCUGAUUCUGCCUGAGUGGGUGGUUUUCCUCCAUUGGCCACAAGGGGCAAUGAGCAAAAAAAAUGGAGAUCCCAGCUUAAUCGGAUGAUAAAAGACUGAGAAUGAGAACUAACUGGUUGGUUUGAGACGUGUAUCUCUAUAUCUAAGCCUUACAGUUCCCACUGUGUUGGACUCAGUGGAUAAGACUACCCUAAACAUUGUUCCUAGACUGAUCGACCUGAAUGAAAGUUAAAAAGAAAGAACCCCUGAGACAACCUCCUGUUAAUCCUCUGCUGUCUCUGACGCACAAACACAUCGCACCUACUCCCCAUAAAUCUGUUUUCCACUUUGAGCUCUCAGAAGGAUGAAAUGUAUCUACUUAUUUUUUGUUUUGCUGUUUUUGUCCUUUUGAAAUUGCGUCUCAAUUAAGUUCAUUUCAACUCUUUACUGUCCCACUGAGGGAGAUUUGCUUUGCAGACAGGGUAUAUAUAUAUAUAUCUACAUAUAUAUAUAUACAUAUACAUAUAUAUAUAUAUGUAAACAUAUAUAUUAAAAAAAGAAACGCACAACAAAGUCAUGGCAUCGUCCUACUAACAGACAUUUAAGAUUUAAACAUGAGGUGAUUCAAUGAAAACAGCUGCUCGUUAGUGCAUCUUUUAUAUAUAUUUUAAAAGCAGUCAGAGCUUCGUCACUGAGCCAGUUUUGUUUCUUUAUUUUUCUUUUCUUUUAAAUAUUUCUGUGUUGUUUUCCUGUUGUAGAGGAAAAACAAACGCAGACGGUGCCUUAAACUGACAGACCUGUUUGAUACUUUAAAGGGACAGUCUGUUGCAAUUACAAAACAUUUCCAUCAGGAAUAUUAGCAAAAAUUGUUUGGUGGAAAUUCAUAUUUGAUAUAUGACAAAAACCAAAGUUAAACCUGCCCUUGCCUUAAAUUCACAAAGCCAGUUUUUUAAAAAUUUAUUUCACUAUUCCUUUAAAGUGUUGCCAAAGCUUAGUGAAGAGAAAAUAAUUCAUAAAUCCUAUGUCUUACACGACACUAAGAGCUUUACUACGAAAAGAGAUUCCUUAAGUGAGUUUUAUAUUUUAUUGAUAUUGGAAUAGAAAGUCAUUAUCAUGGCAUUUAAAUAAAUAAUAAUUCUAUAUUUUUAAUACAAAUUUUUAAAAACCAAAAGACCUGUCCUGUGUCUAAGUAGACUUACUCACUGCCUUUUUUUUUUUUGUUUUGAUCUGAGCUUCACACUAAACCUGAAAAUGAAAGACCAGGAUGUUUAUCAGCCUCCCUGUAAGAUACUGAUUGUGAGAGUGGAACCUUUUAUUAUUCAUAUUUUCCACAACAAAUUUCCGUCCUCUUCAUCUUUCCUCUUUCUGUCUUAUGGUUAAUUUAUCAACAUUCUUGCUCGGACUCGGGGGGAGGGGAGGUGUAUCGCCGAUCGUCCGGGCAGCAGAACACAGAAGUAAAACAGUUAAAGGCAGCUAUUAUAUAUUUUAAAUGAGGAAAAAAUGGAAAAAUUAACACUUCACAAGUUAAAAAAAGGGUGCCUUUUAAAUGAUCUCUUUUUUUGAUUGUCUGUGAUCUUACAAACACAAUUCAGCACUUAGAUUGAAAAGAAAACACCAUAAGAAAGCCUGAAACUGCGAGAAAUGUGCGUCGCACCCAGUCGCUUCAUCCAGUACUGAGCCGUAAAAUCUGCUUUUUUUAAGGCAAGUUUUGUGUCACUUAGUUUUUAGCACUUCUUAACCUUUUUGUAAACAGCACGUCUUGUUGAAUAGGUAAUUUGCAGCAGAUUUUAGCAGCUGCAAAAGACAAAAGUAGUGACAGCUAACUUGAAUACUUGACUUUAAUAAAUAGUCGGUAAAGCCAUCUGUGAUGCUUUAUUCUUGAGGAUACCAAAGGGACAAGUCAGAAUUCAGAUCCACUGUUGGAAAAUCCCAGUUUUUAUGGACAGUUUCAUGACUUUUAACGGUUGGUGGAGACUUCACACCGGAAAUGAAAACACAAAGAAUGAUUGUGGUCAUUGUUUCACUUAGUAAAACUAGAAUUAUGUUCAUGUCAUAAAGGAGUUACCGUUAAUAACAGUUUCCAACUUGUAAAUAUUGUUCAUGUCAACAUAAGUUGUACUUAAAACUGGGAAUGUUUUUCUUUUUCUGAAAGUUUCUUUCAUCUAUGGAUAGAAAAGCAAAUAACUCCAUUACUUAAGAUAAUGAAACCCAAAUUUAAAUGAUAUGGUUUGAUAUUAUCACUGCACAGUAUUUUUAACCCUCAAAUGUCCAAAUCUGCCGUCAUUCGGCAGCUGUUUUGAUAAUCAGUGAAUCGUUUCAAUCAAUUUUUAAGCAAAAAUUGUGGAAAAAAUGUCAAACUUUUUGUAGAAAUUGGUACUUUUCUUUGUCAGAUCAGAGUUUUCUAAUCAUAAUUAUAACUUGGAUGUUAACUAGAGUGCUAUUUACAAGUUGGAAAUUGCCUACACCAUAUGAUGUGAAUGUGGGUCUGAGGGCCAUUAAAUGGAAUUCUGGGUAAUGUAGUAAACCACUAAGUGCAGUAAAAGUAGAGGAGGCGGUGUUUUAUAAUUGCUUUGGCUCAGUUUAUACAGUGUAUUAUGCAUCAAAACAUUAUAUUAACUGUCGCUUCACUCUGUUGUUAUUGUUUGAUGCUGUCAAACAGUAAUAUAUUUCCAUGUAAUGAGCAUUUGUGUUUUGCAUUUUGUAUUCAAAGGUAAGAAUUUAGCAUUUCUAUGGAAACAGAGCCAAAGCAGUUGUGAAACAGUGUAAAUUGUAAUAAAGCCACUGCAUCGUAACAUCAGCAGUGAGCUAAAAGGACAUUUUUGGCAAUUUGGCAGUGUUAUUCAGUGCUACAACUGAACAGUCCAUUCACCAAAAAAUAGACCCAAAAUCAUCACAGAUGGAUGGUGUUCAACAGAGGCUGAAUAUUUAAGACUCAGUACAAAAUGAAGCGUUUUAUUUUGAAGGUGUGUGAUUUUCCGCAGUGCACUUCUUCACAUCUCUUCUCUUUUAAAUCUAGAGUACUUUGAGUCAGAGACUUUUUCUCACAAAGUAUUCUGCAUAUAGAAAUAUAAAUAUAUCUUGUCGCUUUCCUCUAGAUUUUAAAGAAAAUUAAGCCAUUAUACUUUUUUAAAAAUAAACCCAAGGCUCCAAAAUGCAGUAUCUUUGUGUACCUGUAUAUAAAUAUCUAUAUUUGUCUUUAUUUUUCAAAAUACGUAUUGUCAUAUAUUAUGUAUCUUAAUAUCAUAUUGGCUUAAUCUGACCCACGCCUAUUGUUUUUUGUACAUUGUCUGCACAGCAUAUACAUAUGUAUCCUCUUGUUAUGAUGUUUUGUUUUUGUAACUUUUCGACUUAUUAUAUCUUGUGGAUUUGUUUUCAAUAUUUUGCUUCUAACAGUGUAUAAGUGUUUGAGUCAUUAUGUUCAUGCUCACCAUAUUAAAGGUGAUGUGAUCAACAUACA